UUUCGAAGACGGCAGCCACAAACAAACAGCUGAUUUCAUAUGUAUACGUAUAAACAAUAGUUUGGCAUUCGGCAUAUGUAAUUGAUAAAGAUAAGUUGUUUACAUUGAAAAUGAGCAACCCAGAAAAUAUAGUUAAUUUUGUGACGACGAUUGCUAAAAUUGCGCAUAUAGUAAAUACGGCUAAUGAGUUGUACAAGAAGCUACCUGAAAGCAACAGACGGUUGAACAAGGAACUACAUGAAAGCAACAGACGGUUGAACAAGAAACUACAUGGAAGCAACAGACGGUUGAACAAGAAACUACAUGGAAGCAACAGUAGGAAGAAUAAGCGUCCGGUUAACUUUACACACCAAGCAGAAGUUUUCUUUGAAAUCGAUGCUAAGCAGCUAAAAGAAUACGAUGAAAAUUUUUUCAAAGCUACUACUAUGAAUGCUGCUAGCUUCAGUUUAUUAUUAUCACGAUUAAGAAAAGGAAUGAUGCGAUGGUCCAAAGGGAAGGCAGUUGCGCCCGAAAGGCGUUUGGCUAUAACAUUAAUGUUUUUGGCAGAAGGAUGUAAUUUUCGUGUUAUUUCACAGGCAUACAAUCUUGGACAUACAACAAUACGAAAAAUCAUAUAUGAAACAUGUGACGCUAUUUGGGAAGAAUUACAUUUUGACUAUUUGUCACCUCCAAACGUAAGCGAACUUAAAGACAUUGCAGAAAAGUUUUAUGCAAAGACUGGCAUGCCAAAUUGCAUGGGAGCUAUAAAUGCAAAGCACAUUCAUAUAUCAAGGCCAAAAGACGGUGGAUCUUUGUACUACAAUUUCAGAAAAAGUUUUAGCGUUGCCAUAAUGGCAGUGUGUGAUGCUGAUUACGUGUUCAGACAUGUAGACGUCGGGGCGGAAGGAAGCCGAAGUGAUGGAAUACUUGCGCGCAGUGCCUUUGGCAGAAAACUGCUGGAUGGCACUCUAGAAGUUCCACGUGACACAAACUUACCGGGUACAUCAACUAGCUUUCCGUAUUAUUACGUCGGGGACAGUUCGUAUCCACUGAAACCAAAUUUAAUGCGACCAUUUCCCGGCCGCAAUUUACCAGCAGAUAAAGAAAAAUAUAACAGAGCAUUUUCUAAGGCGCGAGAGCACAUAGAAAACGCUUACGGAAUUUUGGCAAAUCGCUGGAGAGUGCUCCAGACAACAAUACAUGCUAGCCCAAAUAAUACAGAGAAAAUUGUUUUAGCGACAAUAUUACUUCAUAACUUUUUAAUGUUACAAAAUGACACGGACUACUUCACACUUGAACUUGUAGACCACACAGUAGGCAAUCAAGAAAUAAACGGCCGUUGGCGAGAGGAUGCAAAUUUCCUUAAAACGUUUCAACUAGGAAUUUGUAAUCGCUCAUCGACACACUCAUUUCAGUUGCGUGAAAAACUAAAAGAAUUUAUUUCAAGUAAUGCUGUGUAAUAUUGAUAAUUUUCAUAUAAUAUUAUAUUUGUCAUUAAAGCACGAAGCUUUUACAAAAAAGUUGUUUAAUUCAAAAAGUUACUUCAAGUAAAAUUCAUACAUGUAAAAGUGUAAAAGUAAAGAAGGUACUUCAGAUUUACAAUGAUUAUUAACUACUUAAAAGUAAGUAACUCCAACAUUUAUCCAUUUCGCUUAACACUAAAGCCGAUACUCUGGCCUAUAAUUCGAUUACAAUGUUUAGCUUCUACUACCUUCGCCGCUAAGCUUGAAAAAUUAAAUGCGAUGGAGUCCUGCUUUUGUGGUUGACCUUACACCUCAUAUGGAGUCACGUUGGCUCUUAUUUCUUUUUCGAACUCCAAUUCUAUUAAAGAAUUAAAUAUUAGAAUUGGUUUUAUUUUAUAUAGAAUUUACCUUACCUUACAACUGGUUGGAUGCAUCAGUUUCUUUUCAACCAUCUUUUUUUUUUUUUUUUUGUAAUGAUGGUGAGAUAAACCUAACUUCAAUGAACACUUUAGCUAAAUCCAUUGUUUAGCAUGAACAUUUCAUUUGUUAACAAAACCGAAUUUAACAAUGAAACGGAAAAAUCGAACCAAAUAAAAACAAGCAAGCAA